ACUACUCCACGGAUCAAUGGUUGACGACUGGCUCCUUUCUUGCGCUCACACAGAAACCCGAAUACAGUCCACUUAAUCGCCUGUACAAAGGUGCACGAACGAACCUCGCAACGUUGCACAAAGGUGCUCACUUGCCGAUUCCCUACCACAGAGGCACGAUACCUCUCGAUUGUACAAAGGUGCACAAUUGUUGUAUAUUCCGCACAAGGGUGCGCGCUCAUUGACUCUACUGCACAAAGGUGCAAGCAUCGUUGUAUCUGCUGCACAAAGGUACACAAUUAUCGGCACGACACUUUUGCAAAUUGAACACUUUAUACCACAAAAUAGUUGUGGUCGAAUUUGACUUUGAUUAACCAUGUCUCAAUUACCAGCUCUCAAGAGAAGAAGAGGUGCAAUUAAGGCCAGCAUCACAAAACUAGCUACCAAGGUGGCUGAGCUGGAAGACAAAGAACCCAACCCAACAAUCGUAGCUCAUGCACAACAACUCUCUAAACGUCUUGAGAAUCUGGACAGUGUCUACAAGACCCAUCACUUCGCAAUCCUCGAUGUCAUUGAAGAUGAAGGUCAGCUUACCACAGAGCAAGAAACCCUUGACCAACAUGAUGAUGAUAUAGCUGAUCUCAGUCUCAGAAUCCAAACGGUAAUGGAUCUUGCCAGAUCCACCACUCCAACUCUCGCUCCAUCUACCCCUGCUGUUGAUACUCAUUCUCUCCCAAAUCGCGGCAUCCUCGAGCGAUGCUCGACACAAUUCCAAGCAAGGCUUAACAAAAAUAUUGAUGAUCUCAAAGAUGAUGGUAACGAGAUUCACCUCAUCUCACUGUACCAAGAACACCUGGCUGACCUAAAGAAAGAACUCUCUGAACUCAGGAACGAGAUUCUCGCUAUAACUGCUGACACUUCAGAUCCACUCAUGAGCAACACACAGAAGCAGGAAGACAACAUAUUUGGUAUGGCAGUCAAAGUUAAGAAACUACUCUUCUCAAGCUCAAGCUCAAAGGAACACUCUACCGCCAUCCCAGAAACCCACAGUGUUAAACUACCAAAAAUCGAUAUUCCUACAUUCGAUGGCAAAAUGCUACAUUGGCAAACCUUUUGGGAGCAAUUUGGCAUUGCAGUUGAUGAACAACCUCACAUCUCUGAUACCGAGAAAUUAGUAUACCUCCAUCACUCUCUAAAAGACGGUUCAGCCAAGCAUGUAAUUGAAGGUCUGUCACACUCAGGCAAUCAGUACAAAGAAGCCAUUGACUCUCUCAAAGCUCGAUAUGAUCAACCACGUAUCAUACACCAAACUCACGUCAGGAAAAUAUAUGAUGUACCAAGCUUAAAGGAUGGAUCAGGCAAAGAACUCAGACGUUUCCAUGACACUGUUCAACAGCAUCUGCGAGCACUCAAAGCUAUGGACGAAGAACCCACUGGCUCCUUCAUCACUGCCCUGUUGGAAUUGAAACUUGACAAGGACACUAUGUUUGAAUGGCAAAAGGCUAGCCAAGACUCCAAGAAAACACCUCACUACGAUGAUUUGCUCAAGUUUCUUGACCUUCGUGCCCAAGCCUCAGAAACCUGCUCAAGUGAACCUAGAAGACAUGAUCACCAGAUACGGAAACCAUUUCCCAAAUCAGCAGCCUCCUUUGUGGCGAAUUCACAAUCGCCAGAUGCACCUAAUUGUUCGAUAUGUAUAAGACUCAGAAACAUCCCUUGUAUGCUUGUCCGCAGUUCAAGUUGCUCCCUCACGACAAGAUGUUGUCCACUGUCCGCUCAAGCAAUGUAUGUCUUAAUUGUCUCAAACCAGGUCACUUCUCAAAGAAUUGCGGAAGCAACAAUCGUUGCAGGAAAUGCCAGAAACCACAUCACACGUUGCUUCACCGUGAGUCUGCAGAAAACAAAGAACAGUCAGAGCCUCCCUCUACCGAAUCUUCUGCUAGAGCAGUAG